AGCUACUGACCUGCCUGACUCCGCCCUUAAUCAAAACGCGCCCUCGCCAUAGGUUGCCUGCCUGACUUCCCCGGCGAUGAACCCUCACGUGAUCGAACGCAGCUGCGGGUACGCGUCCGAGAAGAAGAGGUUGGUGGAAAGUGGAAACUACUAAGGAGGUCCUCCCUUGUUCGCUGGCCGGGAUCAUGAGUCCAUGACAGCAGGCGCGACUCGUUGCGAGUUGCUACUCGCUACUCGCUACUCGCUACCUGCUAGGUACUUGGUAGCUGCCUGCUUGUCUCCUUCGAGGCAUCCCGGGGUACCUCCACCCGACGCACAAGACGAGACUGGGGACGAAGGCAUUCGUAACCCUCAUGGGAUAGGAUCUACAACAGGCGCUGACAAGCGGAUGAUCAUCCGCCUUUUCUUAUAUUUUCACACGGCCCUCCGCCCAUCAUAUUGCAGACGGAGAAAAGGCAGUGAUUUCCUCGGAACCUUCCCCUCGAUUUUGCCUGAGCGCAUGCACGCACGCACGCAUAUCAUGUCGGUUGAGUCAUCUGCUCGACGGCGUGCAGGGGGGAGCCAAGCGGUCGAGUUCGCCUGUGAUCCAUACAAGCGGAGAUACUACUACGCGCGCUCCGUCCGCGUUGGGUUUGGAGCUUGCGCAGAUUGACUGUGCCGCAAUUAUGUUCCCCAGCCAAUCCUCGUCCCGGACGAAGACGCCCUGUAGCCUUGCAUUGUCGAAUCCGAA